AUGUCAUUUCACAAAUGGCGCCGCGCGGCGUGCGGUGCGGGCCGUGCGGGGCGAUAUUGGACCGGCUGCCGAGUGGUCUCGCUAAAAGCACACUACAAAUGCUACAAUGCUCUCUUUGCAGGGAUGGGUACUGGACUAGAGGCGGCGGGCGCUGGUACUGAGCUCGACCCGGCCCGUCGAUAUGCAUCGCUAGGCGAACACAAUCCUCCGACAUCAUUACAUCAACAAUGCUGUGAAUACACAGAUGUAUAUCUAGCUCACUGCCUAAUUUGCUCACUGAACAUCACACAGCCCUCUGAACUUGCUUGUUUUCACCGCCGAGCCGCUGCAGUCGAAAGGGAGAUGAUCAGCACGUGCGGCGGGUGUCGAGCGCGACGGGGGCGAGGGGCGGGCGGGUCGUGCGUCGCGGCGCGGCUUCGCGGCGGCACUACCGCGCCCGCCGCCGCCGCCGCCCGCCCAAGCUGCUGCCCGCCCGAUGGUCCACCCGCCCCACGCGCCGACGAAUUCCUUGCUGUGAUUAAUCGUCGAGCCACCUGCGGAGCCUUUUGUAUAUCGUUAAUGUGUUCGGCUCGGUCUCCAUAA